AUGGCGAAUCACUCUCUCAACGGCGGAAUACGACGCAGCAUCAGUUUUGUUUUGAGCGCACGCAAUAUCUGGAUCCAAGCAGAAUCUCGCGCUUCUGCAUUUCCAGAGGAACAGAACCUGAGGAGCCUAAUUGCUGGAUUCAAACCUCCAAGUCGGAGUCCAUUGCCGGUGCUUCAGAAUUGGAUCGACCAAGGUAACAAGCUUUCACCCUCGGAACUCAGAUGCAUCUCCAGAACCCUAAUAAAAUCCAAACGCUACAACCACGCUUUCGAGGUGUUGAAGUGGAUGGAAAACCAAAAACAAUUCCGUCCAAAUCCAGCUGAUCAUGCUAUGAAAGUGGAGUUGAUCAUUAAAAAUUAUGGACUAAUGGAAGCUGAAGAAUAUUUUAUGAGUAUACGUGACUCAGCUGGAAAGAAAGCUGCGUAUCUCCCACUUCUACGUGGCUAUGUAAGAGACAGGGACACCAGUAACGCUGAGACUUUCAUGGAGAAGCUCUAUGAACUGGGGCUGGUUGUUAACCCUCACCCUUAUAAUGAGAUGAUGAAACUAUAUCUUGCAACAUGUGAGUACCGGAAGGUACCCCUUGUUAUCCAGCAAAUGAAACGAAAUAAAGUACCCUGCAAUGUUCUGUCCUACAACCUUUGGAUGAAUGCUUGUAAUGAGGGAAAAGGAUAUGGGGUUGCAGCAGUGGAAACAGUUUUUAGAGCAAUGCAAAAUGAUGAGAAUGUUGAGGUGGGAUGGAGUAGCCUUGCUACUUUAGCCAAUGCUUAUAUGAAAGCAGGACAAUCUGAGAAAGCCAUUUUGGUUCUCAAAAAUGCUGAAGAGAAACUAUCUACCCGUGACCGCCUUGGUUACUUCUUCAUCAUAACACUAUAUGCCUCUUUGAAGCAAAAGGAGGGAGUGUUGCGGUUGUGGGAAGCCAGUAAGGCAGUUGGUGGAAGAAUCAGUUGUGCUAACUACAUUUGCAUACUAACAUGCUUGGUGAAGCUUGGGGACAUAGCACAAGCCAGGAGAAUCUUCAAUGAAUGGGAGUCUAAUUGUCUGAAAUAUGAUAUAAGAGUCUCUAAUGUUCUUUUAGGUGCAUAUGUGCGGAAUGGAUUGAUUGAAGAAGCUGAAUCAUUACAUCUUCACACAUUGCAGAAGGGUGGUUUUCCAAAUUACAAGACAUGGGAGAUUCUCAUUGAAGGAUAUGUCAAGAGGCAAAAAAUGGACGAGGCUAUUAUUGCCAUGAAAAGAGCUUUGGCUAUGUUGAAAGACUGUCAUUGGAGGCCGCCACAAGGACUUGUAUUAGCCAUAGCUGAGUAUUUGGAGAAAUGUGGUAAUUUUGAAUAUGCAAACGAGUACGUCACUGAUAUUCAUAAUCUAGGUCUUGGAAGUUUAUCAUUGUACAAAGUAUUGCUUAGAAUGCACCUUUCUGCUAAAAAACCACCUCUACAUAUCCUUAAAAUGAUCAAUGAAGACAAAGUUGAGAUGGAUAGUGAGACAUUUACCAUUCUUAAAGCCUUCACUGGGUUGGUAGCAUAA